CUUACCCAAACACCCUCUUUAUCUAUCUUUACAUGCCGAGUGGGUAAUUACUUUUGAUGAGCGGCCAAAUGGGGCCGGAACAUAAAUGGGCUAGACGUGAGUAUAACUAUCCCGAGUAACUUGAUUCUCAAGCCUACCAAAAUACCCCGAAUCCUCUAGAAACUUUUCUUCACCUAUCUACAUCUUUCUUUUCUGUUGUUCAAAUAACCAAAUUCCAAGUUAUCAGAAACAAAUGUUCUUCUUCUUCGUAGGAGGACUAGAGCAGCAAGUUAGACAAGUAUUGAAGAGCAGGGCGGGAAGGUGCAUUGCGUGCGGAUCACGCGCCGACCUCGUAGACUAUGACAAGGUCUUGAAACUCUUCUUUGUUCCGGUAUGGAGAUGGCCUGGAAAACAGCCGGUGAUGUACUGCAAUGACUGUAAACUCUUCUUCCCUCAAUCUCUAACUCCUCCUCCGCCGUCCAUGGACGGUGUGCCGGACGUUCUUAGGUGUCAAUUCUGUCGCCGGGAAGUGGAUGGAGAUUUCCGAUUCUGCCCUUUCUGUGGUAAUGCACUGUGAAUUUGACAUGUAAUAAUGAUAAAUAAUAAGUAGACGCUUAUGGUUUUGAAAUACUUUGUAAUUAUGUUCUCUGAGGAAUAAGUUCGAGGAAUAUUUUCUGUUUUCUGUUUUGAAAAUGUAUUAGUACUGCUAGAUGAGUUAUUAGGAAUUCUGCAAAUUACGUUAAAAAUAAUGAAUGGGUUGUAAAUGUGUAAUAACCUAAACCAGUUUAUUAGUGCUAUUUGAUGGCAUAGUGCUAAUGGUGAGCAAUUUCUCUUUUAAUCAUCAAAAUUCGAAACUACUUGGGA